CGGAUCCGAGCCCCGAGCUUCUACUAUUAAGCUCAAGACUUUCAAACUCUCGAAAACGAUUCCAAGUCCUAUGCUCGACGUCUACAAUCAUGCCUGAACAACCAAUUGGUCCAAUCACCCCCUCGGGCACCGCAUCCGCACCCUCUCGUGGGUCCCUUGACGGACGCUACACUUCUCUUAUCCCAUUGGAACCUUCUCACGCCGAUCCAAGCUAUAAGCACCUUGGCGGCGAGGAAAAUGGCCAUCUUUGGACAUAUAUGUUUGGAGGACCAUACGUUACCCAGCAACAAUGGAGAGAAGCGGUUGAAGGAUUCAGCAAGUCUGAGGAUCCAUUGUUCUAUACUGUUCUCUCUGGGCCACGCUUUGACCCCAAGUCUGAACCUGUUGGACAAAUGUCUUAUCUCAACAUUGUUCCCAGUCAUAGAAGGAUUGAAAUUGGGAGCAUCAUCUUUGGGUCUCAGCUGAAACAGACACGUGCUGCCACUGAAGCCUUUUAUCUAAUUAUCAAGCACGCUUUUGAGGAUCUUGGUUAUCUUAGAGUCGAGUGGAAAGCCAACCAUCUCAACAAACCUAGCCUCGCAGCUGCUGAGCGAUUAGGUUUUGUUUUUGAGGGUGUCUUCAGAAAGCAUAUGAUUCUCAAAGGAAGGCGUCGAGACACAGCUUGGCUGAGCAUUACUGACGAGGAGUGGCCUCUUGUUAAGAAAGCGUUUGAGGCUUGGCUCAGCGAAGAUAACUUUGAUACAAACGGAAAGCAGAUCAAGUCUUUGAAAGAUAUCAGACAAGGCUUAGUAAAGGACUAAAGUAUGCCGGCACUUGCUUGACCAAUGAAGCCGUGCUGAAAUUACAGAGGAGGAAGAAUGCGGAAUAUAAUGACGACAUAACUAUAAAUCUGAUCUAGUUAUUGCCUUUUGCCGGACUCAAGAUUUUGUGUCCUUAAGGCUGAUUUACAUUAUAGAGCUCACACGUGGAUUUAGGGCCGAGGUAUCAUCUAAGAGAUUGAGAUCAUUGCAAUGUGCUCUUCCCUGUCCACAAAUUCUUGUAUAUUUCACUCACCAUUUAUUGUUCGUCGUUGAAGCCGAUCAAACUUGGCCAUGUUCUCAUUGCUCUCACAACCCUGCAUACGUAUGAUUCUCGGCACGUCGAUACUGAUGUACGAAGAUCAUCUUGAAGGUUGGCAGAAAGACGGUGGAAAAGUGGUGGAAGCAUCUACGUUAAUCUAGCGCCUAUACCUAGUCGAGCUUGC